AUGGCGGGGAAAAUGCGCAGACCCAGAGUCAUCAGGAGCACAGCAGGGAGAGUGUGGCGGCUGGGGAGGGAAAAGUGUGCAGGGACAAUAUAUCUGGAAAGAAGAAACACCAGCAGUUCUGACCUCGGCAGACCUUCAGGAAAGAUGCAGCCACUCCUGCUCUUAUUGGCCUUUCUUCUGGCUCAUGAGGCUGGCACAGAGGACAUCAUCGGAGGACAUGAGGCCAAGCCCCACUCCCACCCCUACAAGGCCUUGGUUCAGUUUCUGCUUAAGGACCAAAAGAACAGGUGCAGCAGUGUCCUCUUGAGAAAGGAUUUUGUUCUCACUGCUGCUCACUGCUGGGGAAGCCCAAUCAUUGUCACCCUUGGGGCCCAUAAUAUUCAGGAGCAGGAGAGGACCCAGCAGGUCAUCCCUGUGAGAGAAGCCAUCUGCCACCCAGACUAUAAUCCUAAGAACUUCGUCAAUGACAUCAUGUUACUAAAGCUGGAGAGAAAGGCCAAGCAGACUGCAGCUGUGUGGCCACUCAGCCUGCCCAGGGGCACAGCCCAGGUGUGGCGUGGACAAGUGUGUAGUGUGGCCGGCUUGGAGGCAAUAUUCAAUGGGCACUUUAGCAACCACUCUGCAGAGGUGGAGCUGACAGUGCAGAAUGAUCAGGAGUGUGAAUUCUUCUUCCACGGCUAUUACAGCAGGGCCACCCAGAUUUGUGUGGGGGACCUAAAAAUGAUGAAGAACAGCUUCAAGGUUCAAGAAAUCGCCAUGGAAGAAAAGAAAUAA